ACUCUGCCGCAGCAGCAGUCACAAAUGGAUAAGUUUCGGGUGGUUCUGAACAUUGCCAACAAACAGUCCAACCUUGGUUUUGGACUGUUGGCCCUGAUGACAGCAGGAGGGGAGCAGAUUUUCUCCUCAGUGGUGUUCAGUUGUCCCUGCAAUGAGUUGAACUUCAUAUAUGGUUUGGUGUUUCUGCUGGUUCCUGGUCUGGCUCUGCUGCUGCUGGGUUACAUCCUGAAUAAGAAGACAUGGAAGCUGUUGACAGGUUUGUGCCAGGGCCAGGCCAAGCUGUGCAGCUGCAGAACUGCUGUGACAGUCCUCAUCCAGAUCAACACCACAGCGCUGGUGGCACCUUUCACCUGGAUUGCUGUGGCUCUGCUCAGCGGCAACUACUAUGAGUGUCUGAUGACUGGGACCAAGAUAAGUCAAGUCCAACUUCUGUGUGAAAGAAACAACUCCAAGGUCCCGUGUGAGAACCUGCACAGGUUUCCCUGUAGAGAUAACAGUGUACGGCAGACUGACAGAGAGGAUGUCCUGCUGGCGUUGAAAGCUCAGUCUCAGAUAUUGGGUUGGCUGCUCAUCGCCUCUGUCAUGUUGUUCAGCCUCCUGCUGACCUGUCUGGCUCGUUGCAGCUCCCCCAUCAGCUACCUGCAGCUCAAGUUCUGGAGGGCGUAUGCUCAGGAGGAGGGCGAGCUUAUUGAAUCAUACACCGCGAAAAACGCCAAAGAACUUGCCCAGCGGAAUCUUCAGAGUUUCUUCCACCAGAAACCAGCUGAACCCAUCCUCACCCCUUCAAACAAAGACUGGGAGAAGAUCUCCUCCCUCUACAAAUUUAGCACCAAAGGACAGUUCUACAGCACCUUGCACCGCUAUGUGGAGACACGCGAGGAGUGUGACGACGGAAUGAUGAGGAUGGCUUCCAUUGCGUCAAGCGAGUCUGCUGACGACCACCCAGCUGUUCUUCAAUUUGUAGACGACUGCACGUUUCCGGUGUGAAGUCUGCUGAUGUAUGGAUAACACUCAGUGCAGGUGUGGCUCUUAAGAGUCACCUCAUAUUUGGUCUGAGAGAAAGAAUGGAUUAGCUUAGCUUUUUAUUGGCAUUCAUACACUUACCCUUUGACACAGAAAUACAAAAAAGAAAACUAUGGACUUUAAUGGGUGAAAUAUGUGAGAUGAUCUGUAUAAUGGCAGAAUAGCCGACACUUUAUACAGACAGAAGGAGUAGUAAAGUUAUAGUGCCCACUAUGUGAUGGCCUAAAUGUCCGCUGUGUACCACCAUUUAAACAAAACACAUGCUAAGUGUGAGGCCGAUAAGAAGAACACCCAAAAAGACAAACAGAUUUCUGGAAUUAGUAGAAAGGUGUCGAUAUCUGAAUCCCAGUGUCCAAUGUCCUCUUGGAGCUUUCACAGCCUUUUGCUGUUGUUUUCAGGUGUAAAGAAGUAGGACAAAAUUUUGACAUGAGUCAUGUUCCUGUCCAUCCAGUGUUUGUGUAGGUUUGAACAGGAUAUGUGUCACCUUCGUACUGUGGUUAAGAGUUGACAACUUCCUGUGCGCUGCUGGAAACCUGUGAACAUUCAGUCUAUGUGCAUCAGUUUUUUCUUUCUCUUAACUAUGGCACCCUAUACAAACUGUACAUUCAGCCAGAGCUUUGAGCAUUGUGUGCUGUUCAAACGUGAGUUUAUUGUCUAGUGUGAAUCCAAGGUGUUGAAGGUUUCAGCCAUUUCAACUGUGUCUUUAUUAAUCGUUGGAGGGUUCAUAUUGAGAUGGAGGAGAUUAUUCUCAUCUACAAAUGAUGCAUGUCAUGUGUGGAGAGGAUGUCUCAGUUUAAUGCACUCAAGAGUGUUUUAGUCUGAGGAGUAACUCUUGAGGGAAAGAAACCACUUAGAGGAUGACAUCACUUCCACUCUUGAUACUUCGGAUUGCUUCCCUCUUUAACUGUAACACUGCUCUGCUCUCUAUGGCAACAUUCUAAUACUAAUGAAUAAAUAAUCUCAUUCUG